UUAGCAUUGGAAUUGAAUGAAUGACAGACCCGGUAAUUAUUUUAUUAUCAUGUCCCUCAUCUCACAGCUCAGGAGGUCUCUGGGCUGGCAUGCGCGGUACUAUUGCGAUGUAUGACGAGGAUUCCCAUUGAACCCUUAGCUGGCUGUGCACGUGUGAAGUACGAUGAGGCAUUUCAAUUUGUUUUACUAUCUCGGUAUCAUAAACAUUCGUUACGACACAAAAACCCAGUCGUUCGUUCGCGACAAAGUUGCCAGUUUGUUCAAAUUCCUAUUACACUUGCUGUUGCCAAAUGCCGUACUGCUUUACGUGAUACUGAUAGGCAAGAGUGGCAUUUUGCUCACCGUUUCCUCUGUGCACAUGAUUGUGUUCUACGCCCGACUCGUUACUACCGUGGUGACGAUGGAUUACACUCUGCUCUUGAACUUCUACUCAAGCAGUGCACAGAUGGUUCUACUGAAUGAUUGCUUGGCCAGGAUUAAGCGCCGAAAAUCUGCAUCAUUCCGGGGAUCAACGAUCGUGCUGGUCCUCUUUUCCGUGCAUUACAUUAACUAUCAACUUAACCAGUACACCUAUGUGGUGCGGUUCAAUGAGGAGCUGCCGGAAUUUACGUUUUACGUGGUGUUUUACUUUAUCGAAAUGAUUACCGUCAUGGCUAUGCUGUACUAUGGCUGUGUUCUGGCUGCUAUCGAAUAUACCGUGGAGUUGGACUGUGCUGACCUGGCCAAUCGUGCGGAUGGCCGUGUCAUGUUUUGGUCGUCUUCACUAAAUCGUGACGAUCGAUGGUGGCGAGAGCUUCAGCGUUUGGAUGAGUUGAACAACCGGAAGAGGCAGUUUUGCCGAGCUUUUGAAUUCCAACUGCUCGCCGUUAUAGCAAAUACGUUUUUCGUCUCUGUCGCCAUGUUUUACGUUAAUCUUAACACAGUGCUUUUGGCGGCACACGAUCAGUGGAUCGCGGUUUAUAGUCGAGUGACGGAAUCGUUGGGAUUUUUCUCUCUCCUCGGUGCCCUACUCCUCACUUGCUACCAUGCUUCCGGUCUAAACGAACAGGUAGGAGAAGAGAGAAGAAGACGAAGACGAAGUCGGAUGUUCUGUUGAAACGAUCUGAUAUUUCAGGAAGCAAAGUUAGUGCAAAUCAUUGGACGAU